UACAGCCACUUGCAUGGUGAUCGGUGUCUUGACGUUCCCUGCUGGUUGGGAUUCCGAGAUAGUGCGGGACGUAUGUGGUCCACAAGCCGAUGACUACAAUCCAGGACAGUGCGGAGUACGCUGGGCUUACAUUCUGGCCAUCAUCGGCGUCUGCGACUGCGCUGUGCUUGCGGCUUUAGCAUUCGUCCUCGGCACUCGAUACGUCAAGCUUCUUCCUGAGAAUUACAUCACUUCCGGAUCCUUAUACAAAGGUGAAGUGAAUACCGCUUUUAUUGCUGAUAACCAGUCAACUCCAUCCAGGAAAUCCACCAACAUUCAACCUGUGAUGGUGAUGCCACCUGGUGUCGAUUCGGAUCACUAUUCUGAAUAUUCCCACCAUACGUUACGCUCAAACAAAGGCUUCCGACAAGACAAUUUCAGCAAUAAUUCCGUAGCAAAUUUCCAGCUGUGAAAGUCAAGGCAGAAAUGAAGAUUUUUGAAGUGAACAAGCAUUUUGAAACCAAUUGCUUCAAACUGUUUAUUCAUUUUAUAUUCUACUACUGAUCGUCUGCAAGACGAUUGAGUGCCACGAAAAGACAGCAUCGGGUACGAUGCCGCUUUGACUAUUAAAAGUGCAAUUCAUGAUGGACUUUAUGAAAGAAAUAUCUGUGUUCAUUCUCCUGUCUUUUCAAUUGUUGUAAUCCGCACAGAGGUAGAAAGUCCUCACUUCUAUGAUUAUCCAUAUAUCAUAUAGCGCCAUUUUGUGUACUUCCUAUUAAAAUGUAUUUUUUGACAUAUAAAAAAGGCAACACAAGAUACAAACACAAGAUGGCGUUACGUGAUAUAUUAUUAUUAUAGGAUGAAAUGUUCACUGUGUUAUUAAUUAAUGCAUAUUCCAGCACAAAGACAUUUGUCAUUAAAGCGAUUAUAGAUUAUUUUUAGUGAUAAUGUUAUUUACUUUUAACUUUAAAAAUUAUAUUGUCCUCGCGUUUUGCGUGGAAUACCCGUUACUCGACUAAAGUUAAUUUGCUUCGAAAAAUUUUCAGUAAAAUGAUUUAUGCUAAAGUAAUGAAACAUAAUGGAUACUUUUGUUUAAGUUAAUGAAGAGUUAAAGUAAUAAGUUUUUAACAUUUUAACAACUACAUUUUAUUUAAAUGAAAAUAUUGUAAAAGUUAUUUAUUUUAAAUGUGUUUUAAAUAUUUUCUCAUUUCUAUUUUAAAAAUAUUUUCAAAUUUUUAACUUUUCACAAAGCUAAAAAAAAGUAUUUUUUUAGAAAUUAAAGUUAGUCUUAAUUUGCGUGUAUGAAAAUAGCGUAAAAGUUUAUAUUUCCACAAUCUUUCUUACUUCUGUUCUCUAAAAGUUUAAAAUUUCUAAUUCAAAUUCCAAAAAUUACUUAAAUUUGUAACUUUUGUCAAAUUUAAAAUAUUUUUUAGUAAGUAAAUUUAUUUGCAUGAAAAUAGCAGAAAAGUUAUUUAUUUCCAUAUAAUUCUGAGCUUCUGGGUUCUAAAUAUUUUAAAAUUCUAAUUUCAAAAGUGAUUCAAAUUUAUAAUUUUAUCAUAAAAUUUGAAAUAUUCCAAUUUACAUUUUUUUAAUUCAAUUCAAAUUAAAAAAAAACUAAGUAUGAAAUUUCAAUUUUUUUUUGGGGGGGGGUGUCUACAAGAAAAUUUAGCUUAGAAUAUACUAAUGUAUAAUAAUUAUCAAAUUUCAAAUUAAUUCUUAAACUUACUUUUUGGCGAGAAAUGAGCGUUGACGAUUAUGCCAGAUCUAAAGUGUAAAUAUGAUUAAAAAAAAAGGGACGAACAUCACUUUUAUGAAGUGAAAAAUGCCUAUUAUUUGCAAUAAAUGUAUUAGCCAAAGGGCAUUUAUACACACGUCCAUAUGUCUUGAAUAGGUUGCUGUGAGAAAAUAUUUUUUAUAUAAUGUGUGAAUUGCAGAAUGUAUUUUGUAUAUAAUUAUUUUUAUGUAAUUAAUGUGCUUAUGUUGUUUGUUAUAUAUAUAUA